UAGCGGACUCUAGGCUGUGGCUAAAAACUUUUUAUACUGUCAUGUUACAGCUAUGGCUUUUGCGUAACCAUAAACUAGGGAUCGGAAUCCCUGCACGCCGCUGAGAUCGGGAAGAAAAAGAAAGGCAAGACUUUCGGGGAGGGGAAAGCAAGAAACUGGAAGGCAAAUUCAAGUGACUUACAGCAAGAUUCCGAAGUUGUGAUUUACCUAGAAGUAACGGUGGAGAAGCAAGUAGCCUUUCAAAGAUGAGCUUGCUGUCUGCUAUAGACACCAGUGCCUCUGUGUACCAGCCUGCACAGCUCUUAAACUGGGUAUAUCUUUCUUUACAAGACACCCACCAGACCAGUGCCUUUGAAGCAUUCAGACCAGAGACUAAUUCUUCCCAUCCGGAUCUGAACUACACCAAGCCUCCCGCUGCCGACCUAAGCUCCUCUCUAAAUUCCAACUAUCUCAACAACUUCUUUCAGCUGCAAAGGAACGAGGCCUUGAACAAUAGCCUGUACAAGGGCGGCUCACCGUACGGAUCCCUCAACAACAUCGCGGACGGGCUGAGCUCGUUGACCGACCACUUCUCGGACCUCUCCCUCUCCUCGGAGUCGCGGAAGCCCAGCAAGAGACCCCCUCCGAACUACCUAUGCCACCUCUGCUUCAACAAGGGACACUACAUCAAAGACUGCCCCCAGGCCCGGCCGAAAGGUGAAGGCCUGACUCCAUAUCAAGGGAAGAAGAGAUGUUUUGGAGAAUAUAAAUGCCCCAAAUGCAAGAGGAAGUGGAUGAGCGGAAACUCCUGGGCCAACAUGGGACAGGAAUGCAUCAAGUGCCACAUCAAUGUUUACCCACACAAGCAGCGGCCCCUGGAGAAGCCAGACGGGCUGGACGUGUCGGACCAGAGCAAGGAGCAUCCGCAGCACCUGUGUGAGAAGUGCAAGGUGCUGGGGUACUACUGCCGGCGUGUGCAAUAAUCCCACCGAGGGUCUUCAACACCUAACCCCGAAACCCAAAACCACCACACACGCAACGCCCCAUCCCCCCUCACCUCUCCGUCCACCCACCAAGUGCUCUUUUACGAAGCAAAUCCUGCCAAAAUCCUGUAUGUAAAUAUUCCAGUGCAAACCAAUGCCUUUUAACACAUCUAGCUACGUAUUUUUUUGUCCGAAAGUGUCGAUAACAACGUCCUUGUUCUGACAGUGUUGCCGUCCGUAUCGAUCGCAGCGGAUUGUUCUGCUACGCUCGUCUGUCGGUCGUUUGUUUACACUAUUUGUUUUUUCGUCCCUGCCAAGCAAAAGAUGUGGACGUGCUAAGUAUUAUAAUAUUUUUAUCGAUGAUUUGACAAGGUCUCUAAUUCCUUGCAGUGUUCAUUGGGUCAACAGCACAUUGAAUUAACUGUGAAUUAACUGUGAAUUAACUGAGGGGCAAUGACUGCAUCCCCGCUUUUAUUUUGGCAAGUAUUUAUUACUGGAGUGCUGACACAGUUGGGUUAUAGGUCAUUAUUAGGCUUUGCAAUGUGCAAUUCAAUGGACUUUUAACUGGGACAUACUGUACACAUAUGUAGCUUGUGUAACUGUGUCUUUAGAAACAGCUGGAGCCUCUAGUGUAAUUGUUUGUUUCUCAUAGGGUAGGAAAUAGUCACAAUGUUCAGCAUUCAGUGGAUCUUGACUUUACAUAAUCCAUUCAUAUGUCUAUGUGUGUAUAUGCAUGUAUGUGUAUAUAUGUAUACACACACACACACACACACACACACACACACACACACACACACAAACAAUCUUAAUCAUGUUACAGGCUACUGUGCAAUACCAUUAACUAUGCCACCAUUUUAAAAUCAGUAUGGCUAAGACUUGCCGCUGUAUCGUUCUGUUGAUCAGUAGAAUUGAUGAAGGACUUAAUGGAAUUAAGUGGAUUUAAUUGGCUGAAGAAGGCUUGCUGCCCCAAGACAAAAUCUCAUCAAAAUGGCUGCCUCAAAAAGCAGAAUUAAUCAGCGACUCCUGCUCGUGUGUGUAACUGAUUCUGGGCCUGAUAUCUGAUUAUAUCCAUGUGGAAAAGUAGCACCAACCCCUCAUUUUAUCCAGAUCUAAAUCAAUGCCUUAAUAUUGUAUUUUGCCUAUAGGAUAGUCAUAUAAUCUCAGGUCUAAUGCACUGCUAAAAUAGGAAAUAAUCAGGUCUGUACAAUUUUAUACUGCACAUUAAUUCCUGUAGUCCGCAUAUUUAAUGAUAUUAGUUGUUCUGAGGGUCGACUGAUCUGGAUCCUGAUUAUUAUUUGUUCCCUGUGCUAUAAUAAUUAAUAACUAUACAUGUUCUGGUUGGCACAUGGUUCAGUAUUGCAGUGAUUUAGCACAAAUAAUAUGAAAUAAUAGAGUGUUCUGUAAGCAAUAUAAACAUUAUGUCUAAUUACAAUAUAAUUUCAGGCAAAAUGCUGAAUUAACUAACAAACGGAGAGGUCAUACUGGUUUUUUGAGUUGGGAAAGAGAUUCAAUGGAUUUUAUCCAAAAGUUGUUUCUCGUCUGUUGAGAUGACAGGAAGAAGGAAAUAGGAAGUUUUGAGGAACAGAGCUUAUGGGGUUGAAACCAAUAUUCUGUGUAACGGGGGGGUCCAAACCUAUCCAAAAAGGGCUGAUGUGGGUAAGCUUUUUGUUUGAGUCUAGUCCUGAUUCUCCAGUACUUAUGAAGGGCUUGAUUGAAGAAGAGUUGAAUCAGGUACAAUAGUGCUGGCAUAAAACAAAAACUUGCAUCCUUGCAAAAGCAAAAACACACCAGCUCUUUAUGGAUAAGAUUGUUUUAUAUCAUCCAGAUAAUCUAUAAGGCUUGUAAGUUCUGUCUCAGUCAUUAUUGAAGACACAAUGUUGGAUGGCACAUCAGAACCGAAACUUUGUUACUGAGCAGAACCUAAUAGACAAAGGCAGUACUGAGAAUGGGAGAAUGCUGACACUUAUCUGGAAAUUUUUUAUGAAUGUCUGUGGUUGAAACAAGAAAGUUUCAUGCAAAGUUUUGUUUUGAAGUGAUACAGAAAGUCUUUUUAAAAAAUUGGGAGAUUUGGAAUGUAUGGUGAUGGAUUGAGAAGUUGUUUUGAAUAAUAUGAAGUGUUGGGAGAAAGAAAUUUAAGGAGGGCAAAUGCCCUCAAAAUAUAUUUUAAAAACAUUUCUAGGACAAACAGAAUCGUGGUUUACAGUAUUUUCCUGUUUACAGGUUAGGUUAACCAAAAUGGUCAUAUCUCUUUUCUCUACUUAUUUUCUGUGAAUUUACUCAAAAAUAUACAAUGAAUAAGUUUUUAGUGAAAAUGAUAAAUACUUUUUCUGUAAUUUGUACAUGCUUCCAUCUUCUAUUUUUGCUGAGGAUAAAUUACAGUAUAUUGACAGCUGUAUGGAUUAUUAGAAUUCCAGUUUUGUGAACUAAAGUUCUGGUUUAAAUGGGUUGACUGAGAGUCAGUAAGCUUGUGAUUUUCUCAAAAAUGUCACAUUGCGUCACCCUGUGACAAAGGUCAUUCACAGGUGAACCAUUUUGAAAAGCGGUCAUAUUAUACGACUCAAGAAGGCCCAUAAUUAAUUGCGGAAGAGAUGUAUUGUAUUGCGUACUCAUAUUUAUCACAAUGGCUGUAGAUAUUAAAUGUUUCAUUCUAUAAUGUGUAUAAUAUGGGUUACUAAACGUGCAUAUUUUUGAAGAUAUCAUUUGUAGCCGUUAAUAUGUGCUUCUCAGUGAAGCAUCACUUGAAAAGGUUUGGCAGAGAAUCAGAGCUAGAUGCGAAUCAUUUCUGAACGGCAUCUGGAGUUUGGGAGACGCUGGAGCUCAGUUUGGGAGGAUUUUGAGGGCAGUGGUUAGUUAAUCGUGUGGGGCAGGUUCUACUUGGUAUUCAGAGUCAGCCUUGGUGCAGGUUCAGGAAGCCAUUGACAAUAGGGGCCAUUAUUCUUGACGUUGUAUGGGUGGGGAGACAAUGCGGUCGCACCGUCCGCCCGGAGCGUUUCAGACGCGCUCGCAGAUUCCUCCGCUCUGAAAGUUGACUUGGGAGCAGGAACAAAAGUCACCGUCUGGCAAAAACAAUCGUGAGUGCCGUCGUCAUGGAAUCAACAAGGAAAAGUUAUUCAGGCCCAGAUCUGUGGAAUACACUCGGCCAGCAGCCACAUGUCAAUAUUGGCUUUAGCUCGAGGUCUACACGCAUCACUCUGCGGGCUCAGUCAAAGGUCUGUCAAGGACCUUGAUCCGCACAGACCAUAAGAGAUAUUGGAGCGAAGCACAUUCGGCCAUUCCCUUUUCCACAGCGGUCCCACACAGUUCUAAUGCCUAAUUAAAACUCUUCUUCUCCAAGUAGGUGUGGCCAUUUGGUGUACACAAAAUAUAUGUCAGAAAGUUUUGAUAUAGGAAAUGUUCUGCCAUUACUUAUUUAACAAAGAAUUUUGGUACCAUGAUCGAACAUAUGUACUGUGAACACGCAGAUUUGGGAUGAUUAAGUUAUGUAUUGUAAGGAGGAGUUAUGUAAGGAGGAGCACAAUUAUGACAGCAUGGGUAGGGGGUGGGAGGGAUGUAAGGCAAGGCCAGUGAAAUUAUUGAAAUUUACUUGCAGCAGUUAGUAUUAGUAUGUAGCCAACAGGCAGUCUUGUGUGUGAGUUACUUGCACAUUGUAACAGGCUUAGUAUUUUCUCUCUACAUUAUACUUUCAGUUUCAACCUUUUUUAUGUCACCAUUUCACGUUAGCAGUGAUAUUCAUAUUGUUAUGAGUCUAUUUAAUUCACUAUACCUCUCGUCUGUAUUUGGAUUUUUCUGCCCAAGUACUUAACUUUUUACUGGUAGAGGUAGAUUCACAUUUUUUACAUUACAUUACAUUAUUGGCAUUUGGCAGACGCUCUUAUCCAGAGCGACGUACAGUUGAUUAGACUAAGCAGGAGACAAUCCUCCCCUGGAGCAAUGCAGGGUUAAGGGCCUUGCUCAAGGGCCCAACGGCUGUGCGGAUCUUGUAAACAUUUGGUUUACAUUUAUCAAACAAAUAAGUCGCCCAUAUGAUUCACAUCCACCAUUACUCAUGAUGAUUCCUGAUUAUCCAGCUGCUGCAAUUAAUACUCAACAGGAGCGUGUUCAUGCAAAUGCUGAAAACAUGGAAUUAAUUGAUGGAUGUUAGAAAACCCCACUCUGUGAUCCAUUGAUAUGGUCUACGUUAGUAUCUCUUGAGCAAGCCUUUCACCUUUGAUCAAUAUGAGGGAUAAAGUUCAGAGCCAAAGGGAGUUCAAAAGUAAUAUGUUAAUGUACACAUUUCAGAAGUAUACAGGCUCCAGACACUUAAACUUGACUUUCACAGUUUUUUUAUGUACAAUAUGUGUAUUUUGGAAACCUAUCUAGUUGUUAAAGAUUUUCGAGCAAUCGCAAAUUACAGAAGUACAGUAUGCUCUCCUUGAUUGAGAUCAUUGCAAUGAUUUAUGUAUAUUUUAGAUGCCCAUUAUUAAGUAUAAUAGUUCUUAAAUGCUAUAUUGCAAUAUUAAAGCAGUUUUGUGUGAAAAGGGUCUGUUAUUGACAGAAAAAAUGAAGCUGGGAGUUCUCUUUUAAAGUUUUACAUUAAUCUGAGGGUGUAUCCUACAGAAGAUAUUUAUGGAAGGAUUUUUUAUUACCUUUUUCUGUAUAAAAUAUGCAACAAAACUACACUAAGAAGGAAAUAUUGAUGUCUACAUAGAUUGUAUGAAGGUUGGUACAUAAUUAUUAAAUAUCCUUCUCUCUUAUAAGCCAUUUUGUUUUGUUUUCAUGUUUUGUAGUUGGAAUUAGAAUUUAAUAACCCUUUAUAAUUUUUGUGUUUUAACUAGUAUGCGUAUCAGAAUUCAUAUAUGUGUAUUUUGAAGUGUUUUUUUUGUUUGUUUUUUUUAAGACCAGUAUUAAAAUUGUUAUGAACAUUAUUAGCUAACAGAAGUAUUCUGGUGUUGAAGAUAUUAAAUAUAUAAUGAAGGUGGAAAUUGAAAAGCAAUAAUACUGUUGUGUUAAGACACAGAACCUAUGUUUCUAAUGUUUUAGAGAUUUACAUUCACCACUGUAUUCAAGGAAAACAAACUGUGAGUUUUACUAUGCAAUAUCUACUAUAGCAACAAUGUCAAGGAACUAAUGUGGGAUUUUUACACUUUAUGCAUAGUUUAUAGGAAAAACAUACAUAGUUUAUCGGAGUAACUGAGUGUGACAGACAUACAACUGUGGUAGUUUGCAUGUGCAUGUAUUUUGUUCAUAAAUUGGAUAUAUUUUUGUGUAAUGUAUAUCAUAUAUUUAGCUCAUUAGAUGGCAAGAUGUUAUUUUAGUAUUUGCCAAACUGCUAACGGUAUGCCUUACUACAGUAUGUACUAGUCAUAACUAAUGUAUCUAUCUUCAUACUGAGGUUCAGUUCUUUACUGAAUAUGAGACUGAAUACUAUACACUGCUUUUGAGGUAUAUCAGAUACCAAUGUAUAAGUAGUUUAAUUUAUGUAAUCUACUUACUUUUACUAAAAUGACCUUAAUUUUAACGUGGAAAUGGACGCAAGAAAGAGAGAGCUGGUAGAAAAAUUGUAUAACUGGGAAUUGUGCAAAGGAAGUAGGCUCUGAUGCGCUCCGUCCAUAAAACGGCAUUCCGAAAUGUGCCUUAUUUGCCGAUUAGGGAAAAAGAUGCUUGCUUUAGUACUUUUAAGAGUUUUAUUGCUGAAUUAAAGCUGUAUUUAAGUGGA